AGCUAAGCUAGCUGAUAAUUACCUUGGAGUUGGACUCGGAGAUCAAGCAAAGCAUUUUCAUAACCCAAUUUUUUUUCUUCAAACACAAAUCAAAGGGAGAAAAAAGAAUGGAAGUGGAGGGUUCAUCGAAGAAGAUGAUAGCAACACAAGCAGAGAUGGUGGAGAACAAGGUCCCCAUCCCGUACAGGGAUCAAUGUGCACAUCUUCUCAUCCCGCUCAACAAGUGCCGCCAAGCCGAGUUUUACUUACCUUGGAAAUGCGAGAUUGAACGCCACUCCUAUGAAAAGUGCGAGUACGAGCUCGUCAUGGAGAGGAUGCUGCAGAUGCAGAAGAUCCGUGAAGAAGAGGCCAAGUUGAAACAGGCUGGGAAACAGGGCGCUUCUGUUCCUCUCAUUCCCAAAACUGCUAAUGCUUAAGCUGCCUCCAGGGAGGUUUUAGACUACUUUGGCGGAUAUUUUGAUGUUUGUCACCUGUCUGGGGGGAGUUUGAAACUGUUUGUUGUGGACGAAUGUAAGGACUAUUUUAUUUGUGAUCUGUCAUCAGCUCAUCAACUUUGUUUAUGGAAUAAAGUUGCUCAUCAAAUUGGACA